AGUGACAUGUGUGGGGUGUGUCCAAAACACUUAUGUCAGGACUUCAGCUCACACUGUCAGUUUGGAUUCGUAUGAAUUAAACAAACACCAGACGAGAAGGAGUGAGAGCGAAAGAAAUCUGCACUGAACAUCAGCUCAUGCUCAGCCUGUCAUGAUGACUGUCCUGUGACACACAGAUCAUAUGGUAAUACAGGAGUAAAGUGGUUCACACAUCAGUCAUGGAGCAUGUUCAGCUAAUAAUCAGUUGAGGAGAUCCAUCUCAUGACAGAAAGCCUAUGUAGAGAUGUCAGGUGACACCAGUACUUUAUCAUGGAAACCUCCUCCUCCCAGUCCACCGCAUGCACACACCAGUGCCGUGGAGAAUAAAUGCACGGGGCCGGUGAAAAUCCUCAAAGUGUGCUUCAUCAGCAACAGCGCCAACCUGGGCAAAACCUUCAAACUGGUUAAAUGUGAAAGUUCCUGGAAUAUCAGGAGAAUUAUUCAGUCCAUCCUGGACAGUGGGCGACUCGGUCCUAACAUCAAGUUCUCAGAAUGCUACGGUCUGCUGCUCAAACACCUCAAAUCAGACGAGGUUCACUGGCUGCACCCCAACCUCACCGUAGCAGAGGUGGAGCAGAAAUAUGAACAGCAGCACGUCGAGGCGGAGUGGAGAUAUGACUUGAGGAUCCGUUACAUUCCUCCUAAUUUCCUGGAGAAGUUAAAGGAUGACAAAACUACAAUGCUCUACUUCUACCAGCAGGUUCGAAGUGACUAUAUGCAGCACAGCGCGAGAAGAGUAAGUGAAGGGAUGGCGCUGCAGUUGGGCUGUCUGGAGAUUAGGAGGUUUUAUAAAGACAUGAAUGCCAGCGGCCUGGAGAAAAAAUCUAACUUCGAUCUUCUGGAGAAAGAAGUUGGUCUGGAUUUGUUCUUUCCUCAAGAAUUAAUCGACAGUAUGAAGCCAAAGCAUCUGCGGAAACUGAUCCAGCAAACCUUCCAGCAGUAUGCGUUUCUGAAGGAGGAGCAGUGCAUCAUCAAGUUCUUUGAGACAUUAUCUAUCUUUUCCAGUUUUGAUGAAGAGGUUUUUUCUUGUGAGCUGGUGCAAGGAUGGAGCGUCUCUGUGGAUCUGGUCAUCGGGCCCAAAGGCAUUCGGCAGCGUACAGACAAAAGCUCUGUGCCAGUCUGUCUAGCCACAUUUGCACAAAUUCGAAGUAUUAAAUGCACACCUGAGAAUGACGGAAAGACGCUGCUACAUAUAGAUAUAGAAGGAGCUAAACAGCCUUUGUCCAUCAGCAUAGCCUCUCUGGCCAUCGCAGAGAACAUGGCAGAUUUAAUUGAUGGUUACUGUCGUUUGGAGCACGGAAAAGAGACAACUUUAAUAGUACGGGCCAAAGACAGAGAAUCUAGAAUCUCUCUACCUUCUUUACCCAGCAGUAUGGAAAACACCAGAUCUGACAAGGAAAGCAAAAAUUCAGAUAUUUAUGCAGAAAUACCAGAAGAUACACCAGUUCCAACAUCUAGAUUCAGAAUCUCACGAAACGACAUUGUCCUCGGCCGGAUACUGGGUGAAGGUUUCUUUGGCGAGGUGCAUGAUGGGAUCUAUAAAAGCAAGACAGGAGAGCGAGUGAAUGUGGCUGUAAAGACAUGCAAGGAUUGCUCCGCUGAUGUGAAGGAGAAGUUCAUGAGUGAAGCUAUGAUUAUGAAGAAACUGGACCAUCCACACAUUGUGAGACUUGUAGGAAUUAUCGAGGAAGAUCCCGUGUGGAUUGUCAUGGAGCUUUACCAGUAUGGAGAGCUAGGAAGUUACCUCAUGGAGAACAAGCACAAAUUAACCUCUGUCAUACUGAUCCUGUUCAGUCUUCAGAUCAGUAAAGCUCUUGCUUACCUAGAGGGCAUUAACAUGGUACACAGGGACAUCGCUGUGAGAAACGUUCUGGUUGCCAAAGCAGACUGUGUGAAGCUGGGAGACUUCGGCUUGUCCCGAUACAUAGAAGAGGAGGAGUAUUACAAAGCCUCUGUGAGUCGAUUACCUAUCAAAUGGAUGGCGCCGGAGUCCAUCAACUUCAGACGCUUUACCUCAGCGAGUGAUGUCUGGAUGUUUGCUGUGUGCAUGUGGGAGAUCAUGAGUGGAGGUCAGCAGCCGUUCUUCUGGCUGGAGAACAAGGAUGUGAUAAACCAGCUGGAGCAGGGGGUCCGUCUGCCCAAACCUGAGCAGUGCCCGCCGACCCUCUACUCCCUCAUGACCCGCUGCUGGGCCUACAGCCCGGGCGAGAGACCCAGCUUCGCAGAGCUCGUGUGCAAGCUGAGUGAUGUUCAUAAUAUGGAGAAAGAAGUGGAGAUGGAGGAGCUGCGAACCAGAACUCGCUCCAGAAGUAUAACCCCGUUUACUGAUGCUCCACCGAAGCCAUCAAGAGUGAAACCAUCUGGUUUUAGUACUCUCAAUCCACGUCUACAUCUCCAGGAACAAGGUUUCCGGGAGCCCAGCAGUAAGGAGGACGCUCAGCGGCUGUGGGAGAUGGAGAGGCAGUGCAUGCAGGACACUUUAAGGAGACAGAAACAGGAAAUGCUGGAGGACAACAAGUGGCUGGAGAAAGAAGAGAAGCUUCUGGAUCCAUUUGCCAAUGAUGAAACAAAGGCUAAAGUGAUGUCAGAAACUGAGAAAAGCCAAGCUUCUUCCCAGACUCCUCCGGAGAAGCCCCCGCGGGUGUCCGCUCAGCCAGCGCCGACAGCAGAACUGGACCGCACGGAUGACACGGUCUACCAUAACGUGAUGGAGAUGGUGAAGGUCGUGGUCCAGCUGAAGAACGAUGUCAACACAUUACCAGCCUCAGAGUACGUCACUGUGGUGAAGUCGGUAGGAAUAACGUUGCGCAGUCUGAUCCGCAGUGUGGACGACAUCCUCCCGACUCUACACGAGUCCAUCAGAACGGAGAUUGAAGGAACUCAGAAGUUGCUGAACAAGGAUCUGGCCGAGCUGAUCAGUAAGAUGCGUCUGGCUCAGCAGAACGCCGUCACGUCUCUGAAGGACGAGUGUAAGAAACAGAUGCUGGCGGCCGCUCACACGCUGGCCAUGGACUCCAAAAACCUGCUGGACGCUGUGGACCAGGCCCGAGUGCGAGCUAACGUGGCCAAACCCAGCACACCCUAGAUCUGACCCCUGAUUGUUUCAUCCAAUGAGAAAGCUGGAAAGCUGGAGGAUGAACUGAACCAGCUUGCUUUAUUUAUGCUUCUGGAUGAUGAUGAAAGCAGUGCUUUCGACACUGAAUGUUUGCAGAUGUAUUUUUAACAAGUGUUUGCUAGUGAUUGUUUUCAAGGAUGUUUAUUCUCAGGACAGUUUGUGGGAGGAAAUAAAUACAGUUUUGUCAUGUCA